UAAGGAGAAGGUUGAGACAAGAGUUUACUCAAAGAGGACUCUUGGCCUCGCCCCUCAUCAUUGUGGAAAGAGCCAAAAUACACUCUCAUCACUCCCAUUAGCCAUUUAUUCUAACCAAGACCCAUCUAGGAAAGGAGAGAGUCUUCAAAUCACAAUUUUCAUCAUUCAAAUUUGCACCAAGAGCAAGGGAGGAAGAAUGAAGGAAAAAGAAAAGAAAAUGGGAGAUUAAGAAGGAAAAAUCUAGGAUAACAAGGUUAAGGCUAGGGUCCUACUACCUGCACCUUUACAUAUGGCGGUUCGUGCUUCACAUUUCAUUUUGAACUUAUAAUUAUGCUCAUGGAUAUUUUGACAUUAUUUUUCUAUAAAUUAUUUGGGGGCUUGCGUGCUCAUGUUUGCCACUUGUGGUGAAUGAUUAAACAUAUUAUUAGUUCCGCAUUUUGUUUGAUUAUGAUAUUGAUGUUCGUUUUAUGUGUUUACUAAUCGGUGUGGCAUUUGAACCUAUUGGGUGCCUUGUAUGAUUUAAUAUGAAUGAACUAUAGUUGUUCCUAUUACAUUGUAUGGCAGUUAUCCACGUGGCACGGACGCGGUCUAAGGCCUGACAGACCAGGUCGCUACAAUGACCAAACCACCUGCCCAGGUCCGAGUGAUCUCGUUAUCCACACUGAUGUGUACACUUUCACUUACCCUAUCCACCACCAUCUCCACGAUAACCAACUCCAUCGGUACUAUACCCCCACCACUUCCCAAUUACUGCCCAACCCCCUCUCACCGCCACUACCCCCACGGCCCACCAUGUAACUGUGUUGGGCAGCCGCUUCCCCCACACCUCCUCCAACCAUUUCCCCGCGCCCUCUCCACUUCCCCAACCACUGGCCUAGCCCCUACACCACCCCCUGAGACCGCUAGUUCACCAGAACCACUCUGAAUUCCUACGACAUCACUCUCCGCUAUAAGGAUACUCUAGCCGCCACACUUAUUUUCGAUCUGAAAACCUAGCCACCACAAUCGUCCUUGAUCUAAAAUGGUAGUUGCUCCGAUCCAAAACCAUAGCUCCUCAAAUGAAUCCCUAGCGCCACCAGACCUUGAAAGCCAUAAAUAUACCUUUUAAAUCCCUAGCGGAUUCAAAGGUGUUUCUAUCUUAUCAAAGGGAAUAUCCAACCUAGUUGCAUUCAAUUCAUGGAAGUCGAUGGUUCAUCCCUUCCCUUCCAGUCUAUUAUCAUAUCACCUACAAGAAUCCCAGGCUCAUUCGACAUCCCCCGGUGAAUGAAUAAACCCUAGGAAAAGUUUAUAUAGUUCUAAAUCUUUCUUAUUAUUUCUUUAUUAAUUCAAUAGCAACCACAUAAACCAACUUUUCUUAAUAACCACACAUCUUCCUCAUGUUCCAAUUUUAUUGGGACAGAGGUAGUAUUAUAUUUUCCAAAAAUUAAUGUAAGUGAUACUUUUUAC